GGCACGGAGAGGCGCGUCGCGGUGCCCCGGCCGCCCUCCAUCGAGGACUUCGCCAUCGUCAAGCCCAUCAGCCGUGGCGCCUUCGGGAAAGUCUACCUGGGCCGCAAAGGAGGGAGGCUGUACGCCGUCAAGGUAGUCAAAAAAGCUGAUCUGAUCAAUAAGAACAUGGUCCAUCAGUUACAGGCAGAGAGAAAUGCCUUGGCUCUUAGUAAAAGCCCUUUCAUUGUACACUUAUACUACUCACUUCAGUCUGCCAACAACGUCUACUUGGUAAUGGAGUAUCUCAUUGGCGGAGAUGUUAAGUCGCUCCUCCAAAUAUAUGGUUAUUUUGAUGAAGAAAUGGCUGUGAAGUAUAUUUCUGAAGCAGCACUGGCUCUUGAUUACCUCCACAGGCAUGGGAUAAUCCACAGAGACCUGAAGCCAGACAACAUGCUGAUAUCAAACGAGGGUCACAUUAAGUUGACAGACUUUGGAUUGUCCAGAGUUGCUCUGAACAGAGAGAUCAACAUGAUGGAUAUCCUCACAACACCAUCCAUGCCUAAACCGAAGCAAGAUUAUUCACGUACUCCGGGGCAAGUGUUGUCUCUUAUCAGCAAUUUGAGUUUUUACACCCCAGUUGGAGCGAAAACCCAUGCACCCAGUCCGAGCCCUAUUUCUAUGGAUACGCCUAGGAUCUCUCAAGGGUUUGUUUCCCCGCUCUCUGUGAGCCACAAAGAGUGUGCUUCUGCAUCAAGUAAGCUGCUGAGGACAUGCCUUGAUUCUUCCAUUGUGAUGCCUGUUAAAAGUCUGACACCAAGUCUGCUUCAGUCUCGGAAAAGGUACGGGACCUCAAGCGCCAGCAGCCUUUCCCACACCCAGCUGUCCAGCAUGGAGUCAGAGUGCUGUAGCAGCCCCCUGUGGGAGCGAGACACACAGGAAGCAGAAGACAUAUUCUGCUCUGCCCCUGGCCAGGCAACUUUAUUGGAGAAGUUUCAUAAUGUAGAUUUACUGUUUACCAGUAACACGAAAGCCUUAAAGAGGAGAACGCUGGAGUCUGUCAUAUCUCCUAUUAGCAGCAAUGACUCGGGGAGCAGGCUCGGAGGAAAAGCAGAACGGUCAGAUGGACGCGAUGCCUCUGUAAGGACUUGCGAUGUGAAAGACCUGGUCCGGAAAUGCCUUUCAGAAUACAAAGAAUGGGAAGGAAAACUUAGCACAGAUAAACCUGCCCUGGCUAAGGGGGUGGCGCAAUCUUUUGAAGGCCAGACGUCACCUUCGUGCUUGGCCGACCCUGUCAAAGAAAAGAAAGGGGAGGUGAAGUUGGAGAAGCCGCGGGUCAAAAGGAGCUUUGCGUUGGUUGACACGAGUCCGUCUCAAGAACUUGCCCGUGUCAAAAAAACCAAUGGAGAAUACAGACGUGGUUGUAAAAUUGUAGACAUCCCCGAGAGGCGAUGCACAAGUUUAACAGCUGAAAUCGACUGCUUAAAGCUUGCUGGUGACGGAGAGCUGCAAGAGACCUGUGCAGAUAAUGGUCAAGCAAAAGACUUCAAUUGCACCGACCAAAACGGGGGUGGAAAACCAGACGCCUCUUUAAUAGCUAAGAAUCUCAUGCAUGAUCUGGAUGCAGACUGUGAAAAGGAUGGGGGAAAGGAACCCUUGAGUUCCAGUUUCUUAUGCGCUGACGAUGAAAAGCCUUUAGCGAGCAUGAGUCUGGACUCUGAUCUGUCCCUUCCGGAAGUGUCUGCUGCAGUGAUGCAUUUAGAAAAGCACCUGUCUAAUACAGCUGGAAGCAGUAAAGACCUCACCUUUGAAGAACUGAAAACGGAGGAUGUGUCUGAAAUGUCACUUAGCUGUGCAGAUGCCUCCCCGAGAGGCGAGGAGGGCAAGCCAUUGCAGCAUGAACAGGACAAGAGUUUGCAAGGCGGGGCUGAGGCACGUACCCACUUUUCUCCAUCAGCGGAGAUGGUGAAAAUGCUGACCCUCUUCAAAAAAAACAUGGUUGCCUUUCGUAGUUACAACAGCCCAAUCAAUAUGUCUAAUAUAUCCGAGCCGUCAAGAAUUAGCACAAUUUCUGUAGAAGGAACGGAUCUCUCUGCUUGUAGCGGCUCUUAUCCUAUGGCUAUUACUCCUGCACCAAAGGGGAAACCCUACAGAGUUUAUCAGACCCCUAAUCAGGGAAAUGCUGGUACACCCUACAGGACUCCAAAGAGCGUCCGAAGGGGGGCCGCCCCAGUCGAAGGAGAACGCAUUUUAGGGACCCCAGACUACUUGGCACCUGAGCUGCUCUUGGCAAAGGCUCAUGGUCCUGCGGUAGACUGGUGGGCACUUGGAGUUUGCCUGUUUGAGUUUUUAACUGGGAUUCCUCCAUUCAAUGACGAGACACCGCCACAAGUAUUCCAGAAUAUUCUGAAAAGGGACAUUCCAUGGCCUGAAGGUGAAGAGAAGUUGCCUGAUAAUGCUCAGAAUGCAAUUGAUAUUCUUUUAACCAUUGACAGCACGAAGCGAGCUGGACUCAAGGAGCUGAAAAUUCACCCCUUCUUUCAUGGUGUAGACUGGGAUAAUCUGCAGAAUCAGACCAUGCCCUUCAUUCCGCAGCCAAAUGAUGAAACAGACACUUCUUAUUUUGAAGCAAGGAAUAAUGCCCAACAGCUAACAGUGUCCGGAUUCAGCUUGUAAUAUCAAGACAAUGGAGUCCUCUGUAGGGUUGUGCAUUUAUAA